AUGUUGGAAACAGGAGGGACCUCGGAAGAGAAAGCCAUUUUACUAUUUUUUUGGUUGCUCUCUUCCGAGUUAAAGAAAGAAGGAACAACUCAUUUUCUAAAAGUUAAAUAUUUAGUAUCUUAUAUAAAAAACUUUAAAUUUAGCACCCAGAUGAUUUGUAGUUUAUGCAAAAGAAGACUACUGAAUAAUCCAAUGUUGGUUUCGAGAUCCACGAGUGGACAUGUGACAUUGAGUUUGUGCCUUUUGUUGUUUGCGUCUGAAUCAAACAACUCCAUCUUUGCCACUGGAAUCUCGUUGUUGUGA